CCAUUAUGUGGAGCUUUAUCAUAUUUUUUAAGGUUUUAAGUGUUCAACGAUUACACAGAAGUUACCCACAAUUUCUAGCUUGGUUUCUUAUUCACUCCAGGUACCAUGAGACAGGAAGCAUUAGACCGGGGCUCAUAGGUGGCUCCAAGCCCAAGGUGGCAACCCCUACAGUUGUGCAAAAGAUCCUGCAGCUGAAACACAACAACCCCACCAUGUUUGCCUGGGAGAUCCGAGACAGGCUGGUGCUGGAGCAAGUGUGUGACCUUAACAGCAUUCCCAGCAUCAGCUCAAUCAACAGGAUCAUCAGGAAGAAAGUUCAUCCUAAGCCCCGAGAAGACGCAGCUUCAUCUGUUCCCAUGGAAACAAACGGUCCCCCUGAGUCCAGGUUUUCAAUGAGCGGGAUACUGGGACUCAGAAACCACAGCAAACAAAACCAAGGAGCAGACAGAGACUCCUGCGGUGAGCACCACAGCCAGCGCGGUUUCUGUUUUAACACCUGGAGCAGAUGUGACCUCAGCUCAGCAUUUCGUCAUCAGCUGCCGGCUAACCAUGAUUCAGACCUGCUGGGUUAGUCUGCAUUGAUCUCUGAUCACGUAUCAGUGGUGACAUCUGGUGGAUGUUUCUACUUGGGUCUUCAUUUCACCUACAUGGCUGAAGAAGGCAAUUCAUCAUGUCUAAAAUCAGAGCUAGCAUGUUAAAAUAAAAAUAAAACCACCUUCUCCUUAUGUUAUUUAUUUACAUAAUUUGAAGAAAGAACAGGAAGGCAGCUGUGAUCAGUUCACUGUCUUGGGGCAUGUCCCUGUGGUAAUUUUCUCAGUCAGUGGCUGAAAAGCCCGAUCAUUAGAGCCCCAGUGAUGGACAAUACUGGCUGCUUUCUCUCCUUUGUGUCCAAUUCCCUCGCCUGCCCACAUGGAUGAGGAAUCUAGGAAGAUGGGAGCUGCCGAAGGGACCAGCAGGGUGGGAAAAACACCAGAUCAGUCCGUUGUGUUUUUGUGUGAAGGCAUAAACCCACAAAUAAGCUUCAUUUAAAAUUCUGAUGCCGAAAGAAAUUUGCUUUUAUUUAUUCCCUCCAUU